AUGUGGUUCAAAGAAUCUCAGCCCUGGGUACCCAUCCUGACCCGAAAUCAAAUCCAAAGCGCCCUGGAAAGCCUACCUUUGCCGCUGACGCAUAUCGAUGAUCUGGUGCUCAAAGCAGUUUUGGCGCUUCAAAUCAAACAUUCGAGUCAAGCCAUUUUUCUGGGUUAUCAUGGAAGACUUCGACUGUCAGACUAUCUUCGGGCUCAGGUGUUCAAUGAAGCGCUCUCGAAGGCAAGCUUGAGUUCUCUCCAAGCGCUCUUGGUCAUAGCAAUCCUCGACUAUGGCGCAGACAACAUACCGAGCACGUUCAGCUUAUUAUCUGUUUGCCGUCGGAUGUGCGAGAGCAUUGGCCUCUUCCGUAAACUGUUGAAGCAGAUGGAAAUCCAGCAUCCGGCUCAGAUUGGCCCUCCGGCCAUAGUAAGCAAUGCUGCCGAUGAGCUCGCCAUCCCUCUGACAUGGGCCACACUCGCUCUGGAUGCGACGACGUCGCUCGGUAUCACUUGGCGAGACGUAUCAGCAGCACUGGUGGACCAUCUUUCAAGUGUGGCGUACGUCAGUACACCCGAUCUCAAGGACAGUUUUCGUAGCCACGUCCAUUUGGCGGCGAUUGGCUUGCAACCUCUACAUAUGUUCGUCCAUGAUCACGACCGAGGGAGGUACGACCAUUCCAGAAGCGAGGCGCUUGAGACAUGUGACGAGAUCUAUCACAACCUGAUGAGCUACGUCCGGUCACAGCCCAGUUCAAGCUAUACCUUGCUGGCGGAUGGGCUGAUCGACUUUGACCCUUAUCUCAUGCAGACCAGCUUGGUGGCCCAUGCAGGAGCCAUCAUCAUGUACAUGCCACUGGUUGAAUUUGAUGGCAAUGGACUCCAGGAGGUUCCCAUGCAGCGGUGUCUUCAAGCCUGUGAGGACCUUGUGCUUCUCGUUCAGAGCAUCAGUGACGCGGACUGUGAGCUGAGCUCGCCUGUGAUGCCGAGCAUGCUGUUCGUAGCUGCUCGAUUCAAGCUCAUUAUGUACCGGGGGCUGAGGCGCCCGCGGGAGCCGAUGUUUGACUCGCUGAUGCAUGGAAUCAACAUGAAUGGGCGUCGAUGGGAGGUUGCCCGCCGGUUGGAUAUUGUGCUCCGGGCAGCGAUCAUGGAGGUGGACGAGCAAGCCGAUAUGGAAGUGCCGGCAGUGUUUUGGAACUUGAAAAAGACUCACCUGGAUAUUUCUGAAGAGCUCAAGGAGUUCGUGGAGAGGAAGAAGCAUUGUUUGUAUGUGGGGGCAUUGAAUGGGCCAUAUGUGUGA